CCAAACGGAUCCUAUCAUCACUGUCGCUCCACGCCGACCCAGUAUUUCUCCUCCAACGUGCCCUGCUUGUUCCUCCCAACUGUCCCCAUCUGCAUGUCCUCCUCCUCCGCCUCUGUGUCCUCCGCCUGUCCUCCAGGAGAGGAAGCCAAACGCCUGCUCCCAGAGCGAGAUCACAGUGGUGGCAUGCCGGGGAAUGGGUGUAAAAGGUCUUCAGAGCUUUUUGGAGCGCUGCUGUCCAGAGGCCUGUGUGACGGUGGACUUGAGAGAGAUGGCCAGACAACAUGUUGCCAAAAACCAGCAAGGUCCCACUCUUGUUGUGGAUGGCAUGUCUUGUCUUUGCCACUGGUAUUCGUGUAAGGACUGGGUGUGUGGGGGCCAGUGGAAGGAAUAUGUGGAAAUCYUGAAGAGCUGGGUGGAGGCGUUCACCUCCGCAGGCAUCAGAUUGGUCUUUUUCUUUGACGGAGUAGUAGAAGAGCAGAAAAGACAAGAGUGGGUAAAGAGGCGACGCAGGGUGAACAGGGAUAUAUCAAAGAUUUUCAGUCACAUCAAAGAAUAUGGCGAUCAGCCCGGCAGGAUGUCUUGCCUGCCAUCAUGUUUGGCAACAUUCACACCUUACGCACUCAAGUCAUUAGGUCAGGAAGUGUUUUGCUCGAUACGAGAGGCAGAUUAUGAGAUUGCCAGCUAUGCUCGUCAGCAUGACAGCAUGGGCAUUCUGGGACAGGACUCAGACUUCAUCAUAUAUAACAGUGUCCCUUACUUGUCUGUGGCAAAGCUGCGGCUCAACAGCCUAACCACUGUCAUGUACGACCGGCAGAGGCUCUGCAGAACCGUUGGACUGGCUGUUCCUCAGCUACCUCUGCUGGCCUGUCUUCUGGGUAACGAUGUCGUGUCAGAGGAGCGCGUGCAGCAGAUCAGAAACAAUGCCACAGCCACAUACAGAAGAACCAGUUCAGUACCAUAUUCUGGUGCUCCUCAGGAUCAGGUGGUCCAGGCUGUAGCCCAGUUUGUGAGCUCUCUUUGUCGCCCAGAAGAUGAACAAACUGACCUCGUCCCUCAGUCUCUGAAUGCAUCAGCUCCUCUGAGAGACCUACUCAAAAAGGGCAUCUGCGCUUAUUUACUGCCAGGACAGAAAGGGUUUGAGCGAGUGGACAUUCCUGCUCUUCCUUCUGCGUUUGAGAAAUAUGUUAAUCCUGAAAUAUUAAAGGCAUGUAGAGAGAAGCAUGUAGCAGCGGACGGUUUUAUGGUUUACAGUGUCGUGUGUGCCGGAGUCACAGAAUGCAGCAACUCUCUGGAGGAUGAGGAGGACACUGAACUGCUGCCUCAGGCCCUCGUCUACAAGCAGUGCAGACAACUCAUCUAUGGCUUGUUGCUGUUGCUCGGGCAAGAUCGAAGCACUGUGGAUAUUCCUGUAAUCAAAGAGUGGUUUGUCUACCCUGGAAAUCCUUUGAAAGAAGCUGACACGGUCCAUCCUGUCCCUGUCAACCUCACAUCUGGUGAACCCAGUCUGGACUUCCUGUGGUUCAGCACUGGACCAGAGGUUUCUGCGCUUCGCAUUACAGCCUUCCUCUCGAUCUUUGAUUGCCUYGAGUUUUCUGACUUGUAUGGUGCGCUUGAAGACUCCCUCCUGGCUGCUCUUUGUUUGAUCACAUACAUCACCCUACAGGUACAAACUUUGUCUCAUGAAGACGUAGACGCUUACCUGAGUCAGGCUGUGUCUGUAAGGCUGAAAUCCCCCCCACAGCUUCAGCAGAUCCAGCUGCCUCUGUUUUCAAGCCGGGCGGUGCAGCUGGGGUCCCUCUACGUUCGAGGACUGAGCCACCUGGUGGGUGCUAACAACGCUAGCGGCUGCCCUCUGCUUAGCGCUGCUCUGAUGCCGUGGCACAGCUUCGAUGGACGGCUCUUCCACUCAAAGUACCAGCUGGCGCACAGCGGCGUGGAGAAAACAGAGCUGCUGGACAGUGAUCUGUCCUGCCUGACUCAGUUUCUUCAGCUGAAGGAGAAACUUCUGGAAACCUGCAGGAAGAGAGGUCGAAUCCUGCAGUCCAGACCCAGAGUACCACAGACAAGUGUUAAACCCACACCUGGAGCUAGAUACAGAUCCUCUGACUCAGGUUUUCAUCAAAAUGUUUGGGACUGCAGARGAAGAGGCGUGAAAGCAGAAGGACAAAGACACGGACAGGGAUGGAGAGGAAGAGGGGAGGAAAGAAGACCAUGGGGUAGAGGAGGAAGAGGAGGAGGAGGAGGCCAAUAUUUUCAUCAGUUUCAUCCUCCCUCYCAUGAAGGACGAGCCGUGGACCUGGGCCAUCCUCUGAAACAGACCAGAGGUCGAUCGUAUCACAACAGAGGAAGAUAUCAGCAGGCUCCAAUGUGGCCACAUCCUCCUGCUCCUUGAAUACAAGUCAACCUUGAAGGGAGGAACUAAAGAUUAGAGCUGAGGWCUUAGUGAAAAGUAGAUGGAAAAGGCUUGAUGAAAAGCCAGAUGGGAUCAAAAGUCUCCAAACAAACUGAUUAGUGACUGACCAGUUGGGAUUGUUUAUGUAAAGGAUGAUGAAGGAAAGAAAAACAGAGUUUAACAGGAGGCACGGUGUCCUGGCAUUUCAGUGUAAAAUCUGAAAGGAAUCCUGCAGAUACAAGACACAGCCUUCACUUUAUCUCUGGUCAACUUUCAUGUUUUACUCUGGCAACAAAAAAAAAAGAAAAAAAUGAAGAUUUAGUCAUCAAACAACUUGCAAAGCGCCACUUCAUGCUCGAACUGGGAAGUAGAUUAAUGGAUAAUCCUGGAACCUCUUAUCUUAGACCGUAAACAGGAAAGACAAAAACCUAAAAACCUGCGUGUAUCCAGUAGCUUAAUCCUUUUAAAGGAGUUGGAUUUACUAGAAGAGGAGUUCUGCUAUCGAAUGACCAGAUUAGUUUAGAUAAUCGGAUGGGUUUUGUUUUAAAAAACAAAGUGAGACCUCCAUAGAUGGUGUCUUUUUUUAAUGGGUGCUAAAGAAGAUAUCUUAGCUUAUGUUUCGCAACAAUUUGAACCAAUACUACUAAGACAAGGCAAAUUUAAGGGUUUAGCUAAAAUAUUUUAGUUCUGUGUAGCUCAGUUAAUAAUUACACAUUUAUAUUUAAAUUUUCUAUCCAUAAUUUUCUAAAAAUGGGAAAAUUCUCCCCUAAAACCAGCAGACAUCCUGCACAUCACUGAAACCUACACUGCUCAAAAAAAUAAAGGGAACACUUAAACAACGCACGCUAAAUCCAAGUAAAUCAAACUUUUGUGUAGCACAUUCAACUAUGUACAGAACAAAGUACUCAAUGCGAAUAUUUCAUUGAUUAAGAUCGGAAGUUAGCGUGCGUUAAGGGUUCCCUUUAUUUUUUUGAGCAGUGUAUAAUUAGAGAUCUGGGACUACUUUAGUCAACAUUUGACCCCUUAACGUACGGCUGCACUGUUGUGUGUUUCCCAGAGGGACACACACGUAUAAUAUCACUGUUCUCUGUGGGUUUAUGGCUUGAUUAGGAAGGCAGAGCGUGAACACUUCAGCUAUUAGUUUUUUUUUCUGUAGCAACAAAAAUGUCUUAAAAUCCAACAGAGAUGAAAAGGAUGCAGAGAAAGUUCUCUGGCACCUUCAGUCCUGUGGGUGAACAUGUUUGUUAGUUCAUGUGGCUGUAAGCAGAUUGGAAAAGAAAUGAGGGUUAUUUACUCAGCAAAUGGAUACAAAUGGAGGGAUAUCAGAUUGUUGAUAUUGUACAGUGAUGGUAGGAUUAACACAGUUAAACCACAGCAGUCAUGAGUACAAAAAAUAGAGGAAGCAUAUUUUAGUUAGAAAAUGKAACAAUGUGGUUAAUAAAAGGUCUAAAUGUAACCUUGUAGCCUGCAGGGUUUCUCACUAAAAGUAUUGAUUGUUUUGUUUCUAAUUUAAAAUCUUUAAAGAGGUUCUGCAGCCUACAAACAAUACAAAUUCGUCAGAGAAAGUCGGCAGAACACAGAGUUCUGCUCGACAACAGAAGGUGAAAGUGUUGUAGUCUGGAGCCACAAAGUGAUUUAAAUACAAUUUGAAGAUAAUUAGAAUCAGAUUUAGAGUUUGUGGGAAAACAUUGGAGAGAUCCAGAGUCAGUUUUGUUAUGAACCAGCUGUGACUUUUUAAAAUAUUUUUUGUUAUUCACUUUUUGGACUUAGAUCUUAGAACUUGGGCAAAAAAUAAAUGGUAAUUUUUGGAA